AUGUCCAGCCUGGCUCGGGAGUUUGCCAAGACCAAACUUUCGUCCCUGCCACCACCUGAGCCGCUGCAGGAAGAAGUACCCGAGUAUGAAGAUGAUUCGUCGUCGGCAUCGUCCAUGUCCAGUACCGGUACUGUGAUACCGUCCAGUACACUAAGACCCGCCCCUGCAAUACACUGGUCCGACUACUAUGCGCAAGAGUUCUACCUCGAGCAGGACCGCAACAGCGCAGGCCAUGCCAAGUUCCACGUAUACCUGACGCCGCCAGCUAGUCCAAAGGCGCCGUUGGUCGUCUUGCAUCAUGGCGCCGGAAGUUCGGCCAUGACGUUUGCACUUGCAGCCAAGGAUAUCAGGAAAGCAAUGCCCGAAGUUGGCAUACUAGCUGUUGAAGCACGCGAACAUGGCAGCGUAGUAUGGGAUGCCAGCGGUGAGGUGGACAACGACUUGAGCAUCGAGCAACUCAGCCAGGAUGUCAUCGAUAUGCUAUCUCUCACGCAGAGCAAGAUGGGAUGGCCCCAACUCCCAACAAUCGUUCUUAUAGGACAUAGUCUUGGUGGUGCCGUCGUCACAGACGUUGCCAACAAGGGACUGCUGGGGAACAAGCUACUGGGCUUUGGCGUGCUUGACGUGGUUGAAGGCAGUGCCAUGGAGACGCUAGCGCACAUGCACACUUAUCUUGCGAGCAGACCAAAGUCAUUUCCUUCUCUCCCUGCAGCCAUCGAAUGGCACAUCCGAUCGCGGACCCUGCGGAAUCCACAGUCUGCACGAGCCAGCGUACCUAGUCUACUACUACCAACAGCAGACGGACGCUGGGCGUGGCGGACGGAGCUGUCCAGUACAGAGCCAUUCUGGUCAAACUGGUUCACGGGUAUGAGUAAGAAGUUUCUGAGCGGCAAGGGAGCCAAGCUCUUGCUGCUUGCUGGAACAGACAGACUAGACAAGGAGUUGAUGAUUGGACAAAUGCAGGGUAAAUUCCAACUCCAAGUUUUCCCCGCCGCGGGCCAUUUUCUUCACGAGGAUCUGCCUGAGAAGACGGCCGAAGUUGUGGUCGAAUUCGUAAAGCGUAAUGACCGAAGUACGCUUGUCCUCCCACCAAAGGUGUCCGAUCUCCUUGCGCAAGGCAAAAGAGUUUAA